CGUUAUCUUCAACCGGUUAUGGUAGACUCUAUAGAUCAUCGCGUGGACAUUGCCAAUCUCAGAGAGGAAGACCGUCAAGCGCUUGAGAAAGGUUAUGAUGAACGCGGGCGUAUAUAUAUAACGAAAAUUCGCGACUCAGAAGCCGGUGGAUUGCACAGCGUAAAACACGAAGACUACUUCCAUGGAUUCAUGCCCAAAGAACAGACUAUCGACCUAGUCAUCAAAGUAGGCGACUUUCUAGUACGACAGGCAGUGAGAGCUGAAGCAAAGUCAUUCGCAGCGGAGCAUUUCAUCAUCACGGUGCGAAAGAGGGAGCAAUCAAGAGAUAUGUUGAUUGAGAGGAAAGAUAAAACGGAGGAAGAAAUAGAGGAAGAGAGAAGAACGCGUGAUGAGAAUGAACUCAGGCACAUUCCAAUAAAAUAUAGUCGACGCGCGAAAUUAUACUAUGUUCGCUUGUUUGGUUUCACACUAGUGUCAGGUUUGAUCGAAUACCAUCGAAGGAAUCAUAUACCGCUGGAUGAAGAUGGAACAAUCAUCAAAAGAGCAGUGAAAAGAGCAGAUUGGCAGCUGAAUCACGAGCAAAUCGUCAAAACCAAAAAAUUGGGUGAUGGCGCGUUCGGUGAUGUUUACAAAGGAUUACUGCGAUGUGGCUUGAUAGAAUCAAAAGAGGUUGCUAUAAAAACUAUUUUGGGGACCAUCUCGACGGAAGAAAAUGAAAAACUGUUCAGAGAAGCUAUGCUGAUGAAACGUCUUGUUCAUCCGAACGUGGUCAUGUUGAUCGGUGUAGCGUCAAACGAGGAGCCAGUGAUGAUAGUAAUGGAAUUUGCGCCAGGAGGAUCCGUACUCGACGCAGUUCAAGGAAAACCUGGUCCAUCAAUUUAUAUCCGCAUCAAGUACUGUCACGGAGCAGCUUUAGGACUUCAAUAUUUGUCAUCACAGGGAAUUAUACAUCGAGAUGUGGCAGCAAGGAAUUGCUUGAUUGGUAAAAAUGAUGUAGCCAAGAUCUCGGAUUUUGGACUUAGCAUUGUUGGUACACAGAAGAAAGAAAAGGCAUUGAAAAAGGUCCCUGUGCGAUAUUUGGCACCUGAAACACUCAAGCAACGAGAGUACACCGUAAAGACUGAUGUUUGGAGUUUUGGAGUGUUCAUGUGGGAGGUGUUUCACGAUGGCAAGGAACCUUAUGCCGAAAAGAAUGCGAAGGAAGUGAGGAAGUACGUAUUGUCAGGCAACACACUUGAGAACGAAUCCGAUCAUUAUCCACAGCACAUGUGGUCGAUUACAGUGAGCUGCUUUGCUAGCGAUCCACAAUCGAGGCCGAAUUUUGACUCUAUAGCAGCACAAAUUUGGACGGGGAUUGACGAAUUUAAGGAGCGGCAGUCAAUGCUAAAAGCCUUGAAAUUUUGGUGACUGGUAAUAUGUGUUUUUGUUAGAAUUAGAGCUCCAGUUUUGAAACAAGAAUACAUGUAAUGCAUAACGUAUACGUACUGACUCUAGAGACAUACUGCUUUUAUUGUAUUUCAUAGAGGAGGUUUAAGUUGUGUCUGUAUACUGAUGGAAAUUUUGUAGGAAAGUCCAUUUAUUACUGAC